AUUACAUAUUAUUAUUGCACAUUAUUAUAUAUAUUUAUUAUUUUUAUAAAUAUUAUUUUAAUUUAUUUUAAUUGUUAUUAAAUUUUAUAUUUUAAUAAAAUUAUAUACAAAUGGAUGAAUUGUAUGAAUCAUGUGAAAGAGGUGAAGAGAUUUUCAUAUCACCUCUUGACCCUUUAGUAUCGCAACAAAUCGCCAAUAUCAACGUCAAUGAAGCCUCUGAUAUGGUCAACUACCUUUACUCUGAAAGUCCAAUUCAGUUCAAGGGCAAAUAUAUCACCGACCUGAAGUUCAAAUUAACAUCAACUCAUUUUAAUGAUACUCAUUCUUCUUCAGGAGAUUCUGAUAAUCCAGAUGUAGAAUUAGGAUACGACUAUUUAGUAUCAAUGGGUUGUAGAAACUGUGGUUCGUUUGUAGAUUUUAAAAACACCCAUAUGUUCUUCGGCUUUGAUGAUUCAACUGAAGAUCAACCCAGACACAAACCAAAUAAGUUUUUAAAGUGUGAAAACUGUGAUUCAAUCAUUUCACCAAUUUUUACCAAAAAUCAGUCAGACUCUUACUAUAAUAUGAUGGAUACAGACAAAGAAGGAGAUGAUAAAGUAUAUUUAUAUGGGAUGAGGAGUGCGUACAUAUUUGAUGAGAAUGAGAAGCAAUGGUGGAAGGACUCAGUUUACGGCUCAUACUCGAGUAACAAGUUACUUCAGGCCAAAACGGCAAAUAAAUCAGGGAAACAAACUGUCAAGUACAACUGUGAAAAGUGCGGACACGACACUCAUCUAUAUUCCACAUUCCAAGCCAGGUCUGCCGAUGAAGGAAUGUCAAUCAUGUACGAGUGUAUCAAGUGUAAAAACCGUGUUGUCAUCUCAACAUAGUCUCCAUGGAGUUAUAGAUUUUAAUACACACUUACAGUAUGAUAUAAUGUUGUUGCUGCGUUUAAA